ACUUGUUGUGAGGAGAAAAAGCUCGGCAAACCCUAAUUUUUUGUUAAAAGGCUAGACGCAGCUAAACGGUCGUUGAGCCAUCCCUGCCACACGACUGAGCAAAUUUUAACUCGCAACGAAUAUUUUAGGGUGUCGCAUUGGGAAAAAAAAUCUGCUUUGUUAGGGUUUCGUAAUAGUUUUCCUGCAAACCCUGUCAAUUUUUCUCAUUGAUAGCACGACACAAUUUUUGCAGAAUCUUGAGUGUGAAGGAUAGAUUAGGGCUUAGAGGUGGUUGUCAAAGGAAGGAGAGGCAAAGAUGGUGCAGAGGCUAACAUACCGCAGGCGCCACAGCUAUCACACUAAAUCCAAUCAGACUCGAAUUGUCAAAACCCCUGGUGGGAAGCUAAUCUACCAGACUGCCAAGAAGAGGGCCAGUGGACCCAAAUGCCCAGUUACUGGCAAGAGAAUUCAAGGAAUUCCUCAUUUGAGGCCUGCUGAGUACAGGGUGAGCAGGCUGAAAAGGAGCAGGAGAACUGUUAACAGGGCCUAUGGCGGGGUUCUGACUGGUUCAGCUGUGCGAGAAAGGAUUAUCCGGGCGUUCCUUGUUGAAGAGCAGAAGAUUGUUAAGAAGGUGUUGAAGAUUCAGAAGUCUAAGGAGAAGACUACUAAGAGUUAGAAAUGAGGAUAUGAUAGUAUAACAGGCAUUUUUACCUAUAGGUUAUCAAGAUGAACUGUGGUAACCAAAUAUUUUGGUUAAUGUUGAGAAAAGUAGAUUGUUUUUUUGGCCCAAUUAUGGGUAGCUAUGAGCAUACUUAGUCCCUUUCAUCACACAGAGGGCUUGAGGUUUUAUUCAUCUUAAAACGGACAGUAUUUGUCAAUCAUCUACCCGGAACUAUUUUUUUUAAGUACAUUCAAGUGGACUAUAUGUAUUGUAUGCUAGUUGUUCAUUUACAUUGACUUUUUUUACAUGUUUAAAAUUGCUAAUUGAUGAUAAAAAAAUUUAUUCUCA